AUGCCACUGGGAAUGAAGACUUUAUUUUUUAAGAAGAACCAGUUGAACCACAAGAACAAGCUGUUAAGAAUCCUAAUCUGGAUGAUCCUUAAGAACCUGUACAACCAAGGAGAUCUGACAUACCAAGAAAAUCCACAGCAAAUUCAGAUUAUGUGUACUUACAAGAAGCAGAUUUUGACAAUGGAGAUGAGGCUGAUCCGACAAGUUUUAGAGAGGCUAUGGGGAGUCAGAAUGCAGACAAAUGGAGGGAAGCGAUGUUGA